AGUAGCUAGUGUGCGCUAAUAUUAGCGCCACGAUUCAAUGCGAAAUGGCGUUGUUCUUCGCAGUGAGCGCCAUGUACUUUGGAGGAUUAAUCUACACAACUUCUGGUCAGGGGACUCCAGAACUUGUGGUGCUUUUGGCUGAUUCGGGCCUGCCUGGUCAACAAGGAACAUUGUUUGAAAUAUAUAUUCACCACAUGAACUCAACACAGAGGACCGGUAAACCUAUAUCUUCACCGGUGGCCAUAGAUUUUGACGUGGAGACACGGGACAUAUACUGGACGGACAUUGGCACACAAACUUUGAGGAAGGUGAAUAUCGAUGGAACAGCAUCAAAAGUUGUUGCAGCGCUGAAAUCACAAUACGAAGGAUUAACACUGGACAGCACAACCCGGCAAGUCUUCAUCACAGAUGAUGGUAAUAAUCGUAUUGUGAGGAUCGAGAUGGACAGUUUACAGCCUACAGUGAUUGUUAACACUGAUCUCGACAAACCCAGAGGGAUUGUUGCUGAUACUAAAAACAGAAACCUAUACUGGGUAGACUGGGGAAGCACGCCGAAGCUAGAGACGUGCGACUACACUGGGGCGCAGAGGAAAACUCUAAUUUCGGGACUUAAGGCUCCUUACGACAUCACUAUCGAUGAACAUGUUGGUCGCUUGUUCUGGACUGAGGGUACAGGAUCUAUUGAAUCUGUUCGAGUGGACGGUUCUGACAGAAAAACAAUAUACAUCCAACCUGGACAACAAUUCUUCUCUAUAUCCCACUUCAAUGGCAUUAUCUUCUUCACGGCAUUGCAAGCACCAGAUUCUUUUUAUGUCUCAACGGAUACUGGCUCCUAUUCUUGGACCUUAAAUGUACCCGGUUUACAGGCGUCAACUGGCAUCCACGUUUUCUCGCCAAACUUCAAUGCCUCAGUUCCCUGCCCUGAUGGAAAAUACGGAAUCAACUGUGACCCUUGUGGGAAGUGCAAGACAAUAUGUGAGAAGACAACUGGUGUGUGCCUAGAAGGAUGUGAGACUGGUUAUAAGAGGAACACGUGUACACAAGUUUGUGAUUCGGGAACAUAUGGCGAUGACUGUGGAUCAGCUUGUCCAAACUGCAAGACCGGAAGUUCUUGUAACCACCUAAUCGGACGAUGCCCGGAUGGUUGCCAGCCUGGUUGGAUGGGAGAUUACUGUGAUACUUCUUGUCCAGCCAACACGUACGGAGCACCAUGCGUAUCUUGUGGUAACUGUUUUCGAGGUGCUUCCUGUGACAAGGUGUCAGGUGUCUGUCCCGCUGGAUGCCAGCCUGGAUGGACUGGAGACAAAUGUGAUUCAGCAUGUCCAGCCAACACGUACGGUGCGCCAUGUGUUUCUUGUGGUAACUGUUAUGGAGGUGCUUCCUGUGACAAGGUGUCAGGUGUCUGUCCCGCUGGAUGUCAGGCUGGAUGGACUGGAGACAAAUGUGAUUCAGCUUGUCCACCAAACACGUACGGAGCACCAUGCGUAUCUUGUGGUAACUGUUCUGGGGGUGCUUCCUGUGACAAGGUGUCAGGUGUCUGUCCCGCUGGAUGCCAGCCUGGUUGGACUGGAGACAAAUGUGAUUCAGCUUGUCCACCAAACACGUACGGAGCACCAUGCGUAUCUUGUGGUAACUGUUCUGAGGGUGCUUCCUGUGACAAGGUGUCAGGUGUCUGUCCCACUGGAUGCCAGGCUGGUUGGACCGGAGACAAAUGUGAUUCAGCUUGUCCACCAAACACGUACGGAGCACCAUGCGUAUCUUGUGGUAACUGUUCUGGGGGUGCUUCCUGUGACAAGGUGUCAGGUGUCUGUCCCACUGGAUGCCAGGCUGGUUGGACCGGAGACAAAUGUGAUUCAGCUUGUCCAACCAACACGUACGGUGCGCCAUGCGUAUCUUGUGGUAACUGUUAUGGAGGUGCUCCCUGUGACAAGGUGUCAGGUGUCUGUCCCACUGGAUGCCAGGCUGGAUGGACCGGAGACAAAUGUGAUUCAGCUUGUCCAGCCAACACGUACGGUGCGCCAUGUGUUUCUUGUGGUAAUUGUUAUGGAGGUGCUCCCUGUGACAAGGUGUCAGGUGUCUGUCCCACUGGAUGCCAGGCUGGAUGGACUGGAGACAAAUGUGAUUCAGUAUGUCCAGCUAACACGUACGGUGCUCAUUGUAUGUCUUGUGGCAACUGUUCUGGAGAUGCUUCCUGUAACAAGGUGUCAGGUGUCUGUCCCGCUGGAUGCAAGGCUGGUUGGACUGGAGACAAAUGUGAUUCAGCAUGCCCAUUCAACAAGUACGGUGCACCUUGCGUGUCUUGUGGUUACUGUGCAGAAGGUGCUUCCUGUGACAAGGCGUCUGGUGUCUGUCCUUCUGGAUGUCAGACUGGGUGGACCGGUGACAAAUGUGACAGAGCAUGUCCUCCCAAAACAUAUGGUGCGUCCUGUGCGUCUUGUGGCUACUGUGCUGGAGAUGCUUCCUGUGACAAGGUGUCAGGUGUCUGCCCUAUCGGAUGUCAGGCUGGUUGGACCGGAGACAAAUGUGACUCAGCAUGUCCACCCAAAACGUAUGGUGCAUCAUGUGUGUCCUGUGGCUACUGCGCUGGAGGUACAUCCUGUGACAGAAACUCAGGACUUUGUCCAUCGGGAUGCCUAAAGGGCUGGUCCGGAUUGACGUGCAAUACUAACGGAACAACUGGCAGAGAAAAAUCCACGCAAGGCAACGACGAUGUAAUGUCAUCCCCAAGCGUUCUGGUCGGAAUAACUGCAGCUGGACUUGUUGUCAUCGCAAUCAUUGUUGCUGUGGUUGUUGUCGUUGUUAUCAAGAAACAGAAAAGGCCUAAGGACAAGACCUAUGCUGACAUCGAAUUGACAGACAAGGGAGAGGACCCAUAUGAAACUCUAGGAGACGGUUAUAUUGACUGUGUGUCUAGUGAAGCGACUUACCAACAGCAAAGAGCGGAAAGUGACUAUGCCACACGCGUGUCUGAUGGAGAGCAAUAUCCAAAACAGGGCGUGGAAGUUGACUAUGCCACAUGUUUGUCUGAUUGAGAGCCAUACCCCAAGCAAGGUGAUAUUGGCUGGAUGUGAGUGAGUGAGUCGCAUCAGCAUUAUUUCAGCCAUAUAGCGACGAGACCAAUUUAAUAUAUUUACAAUUUAGGAAAGUUAUAUUUAAAA